AUGAACUGGAUCUUCUCAGUGAAAAGUGAGUACAACCGGAAUAAUGGCUCCGCCAUCUCGAUCUUCAUGUCUGGACCAGAUGGUCCUUUGGAGCUCUAUCCUUUGCACCAUCUUGGAAAUCCUUUAGAGGACUCUAACCACACGAGAUCGCGUGUGCCAGAUCGCCUGCAUACAGAAGAACGCAAAACUGUCCGAUCUCCGGCCUCCCAAAGGGAUAUUGUUAUUCCAGCAGACGGCCUCCUGAGAGAGGAAGAGACUGUUCAUUCGACAGCCAGUAUCAUCAUCUACCAUGACUCGAGUAUUUUCUCCUUUCUGGCUCAGCCAGACGGGAUCUGA